UGUAUGUUUCCACUACCAAGGAAACCAGCUGAGCCUGAGCCUCUGUUGUGCAAACACUCCCAAACACACACAUACACUCAUCAAACAGGAAGACAACCUGUUUGGUGUGAGUUGGCUGGGAACUGUCAGAGUUAUCUGGGAAAAAGAGAACAAAGUAUUUGCAUGAUACCAGCAUUAGGACCAUUGGCACCACAGUGAAGAACAAGUUUGGCAGAGACAUACUGUGAAACCCACUCCAGACCAGACCAUCAACAAACAGACAAGGAUUCCUGAUUUUACAGGGAGAAAAGGUUCAUGGCAGUCAGCCUGCCACCUGUGUGAUUACAAAACCUGGGAUGGUGCUCUCUAACUGACUCCUACAAGCCUGCAGAUAUCAACAAUGUUCACCCCCAGGAAAAACAGUCUCCCGUCCCCCAGCCUGGAGGACUCCUUCUUUCCUCUCUCCUCAUCCUCCUCAGUGUCACUCUCCUUUGCUCUCACCUCAUCCACAUCCUCUCCUGGCAGAAGUGACAGCGGAGGAGGGAUAGAGACGGAUCUGAUACUAGCUGCAGAGCUGGGACAGGCUUUACUGGAGAAGAAUGAGGAGCUGUCAGCCUCUCUGGAGCAGAGGGAGAGGGAGUUGGAGGUUUCACAGCAGGAGAAGCACGUUCUGCACAGGAAGCUGGAAAUUAAUGAACUGGCAUCUGGGCAAAGAGAGGCAGAGCUGACUGCAGAUUUAGCUGUCUUGAGGGCUGAGCUGGAGCGACAUCACAGCCAGGGGCGCGACCGGCAAAGGGAUGAGAACGAGCAGCUGACUCAGUUAGCCAAUCAUAACCAACGCUUGGUGGAACAGCUAGCAGAGGCUGUAACACUGGAACAUUCCUUGAGGAUCGAGCUUCGUUCCCUCAGAGAAGAUAUGGAUGACUCGUCUUUCAGCCGAAAUAUCAACUUCACACAAUUAGAGAACAUUCAAGCAGAGAACAGAGUUUUGCUGGAGCGGCUAUCGUACAUAGAGGCACAACUAAAGGCUUCACAGGAGGACAGCGAUAGACUCCGCAUGGAGAGAGAGACACUGAGAGCCAGACUGUCAGAAACACAAACAAAACUGAGAGAGAAAGAAGCAGAGCUAGAGCAGGAGCAGGGAGUGGUGUUUGAGUUGCGAACCGUGAAUCGCUCUCUACAGAAAAAAACUCUGAACUUGGGAGAAGAAAUCAUUCUGGACAGUACACAAACAGAACCUUUGUCUCUGCAUAGUGAAAUUCAGCAAUCACAGGCCAAAGAGGCUCUUCUAGCUCACUCCACAGUCCUGCAAGCAAGAGAUGAAGAGAUAAAAGCGCUUACAGAGGAGCUGCAAUCUCAAAGAGAAGAGCUGGAGUCUUUGAGGCAGGAAAUCAAGCCAUUUAGAAGCAGUCCUGGACAGCCAAGCUACAGUUCCUUAGAGAGGGAAUUGGCCAUGGCGCGCCAGGAGAAAGAAUCACUAACUCAGCAGCUUCUCAACACCAUCAAACACAAGGUGGUACUGUCUCAAGAGCUGGAGGCCUGGCAGGAGGACAUGCGGUUGGUGAUCAAUCAGCAGGUGCAGCAAAGGGAGGAGGAGAGACAGAGAGAAAAACAGAGAGAGAAAAACACAGUGGGACUCCAAAGAAGCAAGUCUUUAAAAGUGAAGGGAGAGGGAGGGAAAGGAUUCUUCUCCUUUUUCAAAGACAAAUAACAGAGAGAAAUGGCAGCAGUUUAAAUGAACAGAGUAUCAGCCUUUAUCUUUGCCAUUGUGAGCUUCUGCUGCAAGAUAAUGUACACUGUAAUGUGUUAUCAGCAUCAAAAAGGGAAAUGUUUACAGACCUCAUAUUUGAAUAUAUUUGUAUAUGCAUGUACAUUAUAUCAGUCAUUUCAGAAUUUAGGAUUUUAUAUAAAAAAUUCAAAGCCACUAGAGUCUCUAUUGGGUGUUUUAUAAUCUGUUGGUUGAAGUCACCACAGUACCUUAAAGAUGGACUUUUUUUUCUUGGCCUCUCUUGACUGUGAGUUCAGAUAGAAUGCAAAGAACAUUUUGCAACAAAAACUAUCCAGCGAUCAAAGGCAAAAAAUGUACUUAGCUUUCUGUCUGAAUACACCUUGAGGCACAGCAAGCCAAACUGAACACAAAACAGACAUAUUAAGGUCUUAUAACGUACAACAUUUACAUUCAUUUGGAGUCUCUGGUGCUUCUGGACACCCAAUAAACGUCCAAUAUUCACUCUA